AUGCUAAAAUCACACUCUGUCCAGUCUAUCACAUCAAACGAUGUAAUAGAAAUCAGAGUGGACACUACGAUAAGAACAGAACUAAUGAUACAAUUCAAUAAACCUGACAUUUUUGUCUAUGACAAAAAAGAAAACAUGAUAACAAUCAUUGAAGUAGGAAUUACUUCGCAAGACAACUUGCAAAAGGUGGAAGUGAAAAAACUCCACAAAUACGACCCACUUGCAAGCGAGAUCCGACUGUUACUUAGUGCCAAAGUACAAAUUGUACCAAUUGUUUUGAAAUGGGAUGCAAUUACAACUAAAUUUUACCCGAAAUAUUGCCAAAAACUGAAGUUACCGGAAAAAAUUAAAUCAUACAUACAGUCUGUUAUUCUCAGAGCAAUCUACCAAAGUAUGAACACAGAAUACAAAUUUGGGCUUACCAAUAGCGUCGGAAAAGACACCACCGAUACAUUGUGUUUCGACACUAGCGAUGCCCGCACUCCCAGAGCUAAUAUGUCCCAGAGCGGGAACAAGAGACAGAGAUUGGAAUGA